AUGGAACAAGUCGAUCCUCAAUCGAACACAAGCUCGAAUUAUUCCACAAAAGAGCCUGAUUUGAUUAUUGAUUUAAAAGACUCCAACACAGACUUCAUUUCCCUUUCUAAAGAAACACACGAUUUAAAUCGCAUGUCAAAAAAAACUGAAGAAAAAUUAAAUUUAGCUGACUCUGACCAUGAAGAAAACAAUAGUGGCAGUGACUCAGAAAAUGAAGAAUUUUCUGCAAACCAUCGCAGCCAAGAUAUAACAGAAAUAAGGAUGAUUGAAGAACCUACGAGAAAAGUCCAUUCUGUGACUAUUCCUCCGGUUAAAGCGAAUCAGUUUAGUACGAACAGGUCAGAGCAGGGACAAAACCAUUAUAACCAAGGACGGUUUAAUAAGCCAGACCCUUUUCAAGAAAUCAUUAACCUUCAAUCACCUAUUACAGCUGUUUCUGCAUUUGAUGAGAAAAAAUCACAAGGGGAUUUGGAAGGGACUGAAUAUGGCAGUGAAGCAAAGCUUAUCCUUCCACUGAUUCAUAAUAAAGAAAUGCUGAGGGAUUUUUAAUAUAUAGCAAACUCUAUAAUUUAUUUUAUUAAUUAUUCCAUUAUUUAGACAAUUGUUUUUAAGUCUUUAAAUUUAUUUGACUUUUUAUGCUCCCAUUUAAUUCUUUAAGUUUCUUAAAAUCCUAUAAGUUAUAAAUUUUACAAAUGUUAAAAUAAAGCCAAAUAGGGAUAUUAGUUAAAAAUAGCAAAAAAGAGUUAGCGUUAAUUCCCCUAGAAAGGCAUCAAAUAGGCUGAGAGCAACAAGUAAUUUUACUAACAAAACAGAAGAAUUUAUGGAAAACCAUGAUGACAGAGCAAGGAGUCAGUGUGUUAAAUGUAUAUUGCAGUAA